AUUAAAUUAAAUCACAUAAAAUAUUUUAUAUGCAGGUUAGGUGAGGGGUUUUAGUACACAAUACCACUUGUGUUCGGUAUUCAGAGUGCUGAACAUUUUAACAAGGGCAUUGAAUAGCAAAGGGAUUGAGCUGCUCCUCCCGUGUAGCGCAUACACAUAUGUAUACAUCUAUACAUGUAUGUCUAUGGGGUGGCGUACAUAUGAACUGGAGCGGGUAGGAGGAGCCAGGCUGUGAAUCCUGGGGGAAACUAGCCUCUUGCUCGUGCUCGCAAAAGAGCUUGCUGACCAUUGAAUUAAAUGUAGAAAACCAAUGUGAUUUAACAACUAAAGAAAACCACUUCGAUCAGUUUUUCUGAUCAUGAAUUUCAAUAGGAAGCAAUAGUUGUUUUGAUCAAGGUGUUUUGGGAAAUAUUUAUUAUAAUUAACAUAUUUUAUUAUAUAUGACAUAUUUCACAAUCUGCUUUUCAUAUGAAACGUAACGAUCGUUAUUCGCGUUUCAAAAUACUAUCGGGUAAGUUUUAUUUUACCUUGAAAAGUCUGAUAUUCCCCAUUCAUUUUACUGACAACUCCAACUUUUUUUGUCAGCUGUGAACAGAGGUGGAAAGUCGAAAGUCCAGGGGUGAGAAAGUAGAAGCCCCGUCAUGCGUUUCUUCAGCCCAUGAGCUAAGCCAGUUGAUUUCACUAGCCUAAUUAGUUCUACCUCCUAGCUGAAAAAUCAUGCACAUGGUCGAAUCCAGGUGACUGGAACAAAAUACCGAGGAUGACUUUUUUCUGAACCUGGAUUUUCGAACUCUGUGAAGUUCUGACUUUGAAGCCUAUUCUGAUACAUCUGUGCAGGGAACUCUCUCUCUAUUUUCUGCAGUCAAUUGAAAAGUUAAUCACAGCCUCAUACUCAUUCAAGGUGCAGGUGUGUCAUGUGCACUGUGAUGUAGAACCACGUGGACCAUAUCCUAUCUUCUUAAUAAUUAGUCCAGUACGAGGAAAUUUCGGAGUUUUAAAGUACUGUCCAAAAUAAUUUAAUUUGGUCAGGGUGAAUUUGUAGUUUUGAAUGCACUUCAAUGGGGAAAUUUUAUUUUUUGUCCCCAGAGGCUUACUAUAGCCUACUACAAUAACCUUGAGUAACCACUGGAGUUUGCUAGCUUCACAGAGAACUGCAACAUGAAAAAACUUUUUUUCCUGCAGCCAUCUAAAAUAACUUAUUGAGCUGCAACGGGCCUUGAAGAUGCUUGCCCUCACUGGGUGAUGCCUACAUAAGGUGAAGAUUUACUUAUUUAAAGUGACCAUAUGUCAUUGAAAGCAGAGUAAAGCACCAUGACAUUAUUAUCAAAAGAUUCAUGGCUUUAUCCUCUUUCUAACGAGACCACAUAUGAAUAUGUCAGGAGGCAAUUCAGCUCAGCUAUUGAAUACCUCCACAAGAUAGAAAUAUACUCCUGCUUCUUACAACGGAUGUGAUGGAUGUAAAUUUUGAUUGCAGGACUCAAUACCCCGUUCUACAUAGACAUUAGGACUUUCAGUUUCAAUCGAAUGUCAUGGAUUGACAUCCAAACUUAAAAUGUAAUGGAUGUCAAGAACUGAAGAGUUAGUUAUCAUUUUGAGCAUUCACAAAUUAGACAAGUUACCCCUUUGGAAUCUGAAGUUAUUCAAACCUUGAAAAUCCACAUGCAUUGUAAAGAUGGUUUCUGACAGCAUAAUACAUAAUAUUAACUUCUCAACUCUUGGGAUUGCAGCUAAACUUACAACAUAAAUAAAACAAAAUAAUUAGAUGCCAAAUUCACUGUUGUCUAGAGCAGCCGGUAGAUAGCUGGUGAACGGGAUUGUUUUGAUUUCAGGAGCACUGUUGUGUAGUCCUAUCAUACAGAAGAGGAGAAAUCUGAGUUCUAGUGUGAUCAAUCUUGCUGAUAGAAAAAUGCCAGACUUUUUUCACAAUUCUACUAUUUAUCACUAAUAAAUAGUCAUUUGGAUUUAAUUUAGUCAAUAAACUUGAGCUGAACCAUGGUCUCCCAUAAUCAGUGUAUGCUCUGUCCCAGUGAGAAUAUACUGAGUUCCACUCACAAUUGAGUGUGUCUCAACAAAAACACAAAAACCACCAGUGGGAAUUGCAAGGGGGCUUCAGCUUGUACUUUCUAAAUUUGAAGAUAUGAGAAUGGUAAUGAACAAUGCCCCCCUACCCUCUUUAAUGUACCCGUUCACUGUCAGUUGAGGAAGGAGAUUUGGGUCUUGUAAUGCAAGGACAUGAACUAGACCCCACUGUCUUAAUGCAACACCUUUUGUGGCAGCGACAUCCUUCAACAUGGUGGCAUGACGGAUGUCAACCCCUUUGGAAAAAAAAAGGGAACUCCAUUCACAUGGUGGAAGAAGAGGCUUAAAAAGAUGAAAAUUUUAAAUAAGGCCGAAUUACAGCAAGCGGGAAAGGUUCUGCAGUCACACUUACCAAAAAGCUCCAAGGUGUAUGGAUAUCUGUUCGGUAUGAAUAGAAACAAACCACAUACAUUGGAGGUUAUUGUAGACUCCUGGCCUGAUUUUAAAACAAUUAUUUGUCGACCAGACCCAAAGAAUGCACAUACUCUGCUUUACAAAAAUCGACUGAAUUUCUUCAGCACUGAUGAGAAGAUUCUUAAGAAAAUGUUGACAGAAGACAAGGUCUUAGACUGGAAUAAAUACUUCAGAAUUGGAGGGUUUGACAUUCGUCAUGCCACCAUGUUGAAGGAUGUCGCCGCCACAAAAGGCGCUACAUUCAGACAGUUAAUUCUAGUUCAUCUCCUUGUGUUACAAGACCCAAAUCUCCUUCCUCAACUGACAGUGAACAGUGAUAUGGAGGCCAGGAUCUCCUCUCUGAAUGAAUCCCAUGUCAGUUUGGUGAAUAAAACCUGGAAAUUUGGAGGUGAUGAAAAAGGUUUCCAACUAAUUAAAUAUCUCAUAAGCCACUUCCCCACCUGUUGCAUCACUGAUGAAGAAGGCUGUCCAGUUUCUUGGGUGCUUCUAUAUGAUUACUGUGCCAUGGGGCUACUGUACACAGCCCCAGACUACAGGGGGAGGGGCUAUACCAAGAUCCUGAUAAGCACCAUGGCAACAAGGCUCCAUGCCCAAGGUUACCCUGUGUACUGCUUCAUCGAGGAGGAGAACCAGCUGUCCUACAGGCUCUCUAAAAAACUGGGCUUUACUGAAGACCCCUCCUACAGGGCUGCCUGGUAUGAGUUCAACUACUAAAAUAGUGUUGGGAACAUCACAACUAAACUCAAUGCUGAUGUGACUUUAUUCAAUUACUCUAUACACAAUGCAGCAGUGUAGCUGGAUCUCAAUCAGGUUGUCAAAGAUAAUGUACUGUUGGGUUGAGAAGGAAAGCUCUAUUCUUGACUUGUAAUAGAGAGGCAAUGCAGUCAGGAAAACAGUUCACUUUUGAUCCAAUUAGAGAGGUCUCUUUUUCUGAAAAAAGCGUACGCCUGCCCACAGUCAGAUAUCUAGUGUUUAGAUUUUGGCCUUAGAGAAACAGUGAAUUGGAUACAAUAUUAUAUUGUUUCUAAGAAUGUAGGCAGUCCUCCCCUCCUCGAGAAAACGUUAUUGGGGUAAUUUAAAGUCCGCUGAUACCCUAAUCUAGGCUGGUGAUCUAUGGGUCUGACAAUUAUUGACAAUUAUCUGAGAGAUAAACUUCCAUGCUUUUUAUAGGUAUUCAAUUGCUGAACAGAAUCAUAUCCUGACAUAAUGUUUGAUCUUUUUAGUAAGAGAGUUAAUUCUGCAGUCUUUUAAUAAUAAUUGCAUAGUGCUUAGCGCUGCUUCUACCAACGUAACUUCACAUUAAUCAGUAAGUACAUGGCUAUUUUUAUACAGUCUAUGGUACAUGGUCAGCUUUUGGGUAUGCCAGUCCCUGUCAUAAAUGAACCUGAUUAAAUAAUGUACAAUUUCAA